CCUUUGUUCUCUCUUAGACUCAACGAAAGCGCCGUGGAGGAGCAGUUAAUUCUAGGCAGGCACGGAAACGAAACAGGCUGAUGGCUUCUACUGCAGAACUGGCUUCAGAAGCAGAGCCAAUAGAACUUGAAGAAAGUGCUGGAGAAGAAGUCGUAGAUCUCACGUGUGAAUCUUCUGAUCCUGUAGUCGUUGAUCUAACUCACAAUGAUUCUGUUGUGAUUGUUGAAGAGAAUCAACGACAAAGGAGAAAUCUUAGACUAAGAAGCCAGCGACAGUCGGACAGCUGUGUAUUGAGUAGCGAUGAUGAAGACGAAACAAGAGAUAGUGAUGUGUAUGUGACAGAUAAAGUGUCUCGAGAAUUAGGACCACUGGAAGAUGAAACUGCAAGUUCAAA